GUGGUAAUCCUGAAUAAAAUUGAAGUUAAAAAGAUAUUACCUUUAAAUAGGUUAUCUUGUAAUUGUAACUAUGUUUUAGUGAAGUGAUUUGUAUCUUAAACAUAUAAUAGUGAAAUAAGUUUAAUAAAAUUUAUAAUAAAAUGACUCUGUAUCAUUUUGGAAAUUGUUUAGCAUUAGUAUAUGUACCAUAUUAUAUGACUUAUAAAUAUUCUGGUUUGUCAGAAUAUGGUGCAUUUUGGAAAUGCAUUCAAGCUGGAGGUAUUUACAUCUUCACGCAAUUGGUGAAGAUGUUAGCACUCGCUACUUUUUUUCCUACCGCAGAUAGUGUUGGAGAAGAAGGUUUCGAUUUAUUCGGUGAAUUUCUAAAGUCUUCUAUAGAUUUAGCAGAUUUAGUAGGAAUUCUCUUAGUACUUAAUGGAAUUCCUGGUAAAGGUCAUGCUAAAGUAUUAACCGCUGGAAUAGGUUGGGCAGGUGCAGAAGUUCUUCUCACAAGAUUUUUGUUGUUAUGGGUGGGUGCACGUGGUGCUGAAUUUGAUUGGAAAUAUAUACAAAGGAGUUUAGAAUCUAAUAUUAAUUUGGUUCAACAUAUAACCACAGCUACACUUGUAUGGCUGUGGUCAAGACACGAUUUAAAACGCAGCUUAGUUCCUAUUGUUAUCUGUAUGCUUUUAUUAACGGUAUAUAGGCCUCUUGUUCUAGAUUGUUUAACAUCACUUUUAUUAGCUGGUUCUUGGUCAACAUUAGUUAUUAAAGCACUUACUACUUUGAUUAUGGGAGUUAUAACUUUACAUAUUUAUGCUGGAUUAGCAUAUGCGAUUGGAAUCUUUUAAAAAUAAAAUAUAGUUUGUAAUAUACGUAGUGUUAUUUAAUUUAAUGAGUUUUACAUUAAAUAGCCUAUUUAGAAAUGACUAUUUAGUGUAUUUCUUAUAAGAAUAUUGAAUGUUUUUGUACAUAUAUAUAUUCUGCUAUUAUAUAUUACAAACUUUAAUAUAUUA